AAAUCUUUUGCUCUGCUUCUACUCUUUCUCUGCUUCAAGAAAAGCUUCGUUCUCUCUGUAACAUCUCUCUCUCUCUCUCUCUCUCUCUCUAUUUCUCAAUCUCUAUUCAAGUAACUGCAUAGCAGUUAAACUCAUACAUGAAAUAUUUGGAUUCAUCUCGGGGCAUCGGAUUCGGAGCCUUUUUCAUGUCGUGACUGAAAUGAUGAUUCAGUUCUUGAUUUCAGUCUCGGUCUUUUAGGGAUUUCCUGUUAUGGCUAUCAGAGGCGUAGAUUUCAAGUGGUACGAUGGUUUCUUCUUGUCGAUGCUGGCCACAAGUGUAAUCAUUGUUGCAAUCAAUUGGAAACGAUAUCAUCUUUGUACAUAUCCAUUGCACAUAUGGAUCGUGGUUGAUUAUACUACUGUCUUUGUCUUUCGCCUCUUGAUGUUCAUAGAUAAUGGACUUGCUGCUGGAAUGGGUUUGGAUUUUGGACCGCAGCAGCGGUAUGCUCGUUUUUGUGGAAGAGUAGUGGUCCUUUCAAUUCUUUCUUUGCUGCUCUAUCCAUUCCUCUGGGCUUGGACUAUAAUUGGUACGCUCUGGUUCACAAGUGCAAGAAAUUGUUUGCCAGAAGAAGGGCAGAAAUGGGGUUUUAUUAUUUGGUUGCUUUUCAGCUACUGUGGACUCCUUUGCAUUGCUUGCAUGUCUAUGGGAAAGUGGCUUACACGAAGACAAGCACACCUAUUUCGUGCUCAGCAAGGAAUUCCUAUUUCAGAAUAUGGGGUUUUGGUUGACAUGGUUCGGGUACCGGAUUGGGCAUUUGAAGCUUCAGGACAAGAAAUGAGAGGCAUGGGGCAAGAUGCUGCAGCAUACCAUCCUGGACUUUAUCUAACUCCUACUCAGCGAGAAGCAGUGGAGGCGCUCAUUCAGGAGCUUCCAAAGUUCCGGCUAAAGGCUGUUCCAACUGAUUGCAGUGAAUGUCCCAUCUGUCUAGAAGAGUUCCAUGUAGGGAAUGAGGUUCGUGGCCUGCCUUGUGCACAUAAUUUCCAUGUGGAAUGCAUUGAUGAGUGGCUUCGCCUGAAUGUGAAAUGUCCGCGGUGCCGUUGCUCAGUUUUCCCAAACCUUGAUCUUAGUGCCCUAUCAAAUCUUGGUGCCGAAUCUGAACGCCCUUCUGCCACUGUUGUAACAACUUCCAGAUAUAUGAGAACUCAACCCUCUAGCCAGAGUUACCUGUUGAGAUUGCAGGGUCUACUCCAACCUGUCCGCACUGAGAAUGCAGAGGCUUCUGGUGAUGUAGUUCUUGAUCUGGAAGCUGUUGAGAAUGGAAAUGCAGUUUUGGCAACUGGAGAAGCAAGAGAUGUGGAGCCAGUUUGCUCAAUUGGAAGCAUGCUUCUUGGUCAAUCUCAACGCUAGUCUCUUUACCAAUUUGUGACCUUGAGCCGAUAAAGGAUCCUUGCAAUGGCCAUUGUUUAGUGGCUGUGCUGGUUCUUUCACUGUAGUUAAAAAAUCUCAUUCUUCUACAGUCAUGUGAACAGAAAAUCGGCAAUGAUAUAUACAUACCUCUUUUGUUUA